GGGUUACAUUCCAUUUAGAGCAGGAGUGUCCAGCCCAGAGGGCCACAGUCCAGCAUGUUGUAGUUUCCCUGGUCCAGCACACUUAUUGCAAUGGCUGAAUUACCUGUUUCGCAGGUCAUCAAGCCCUACCGAAGCUUGUUAACCCUCUGGAGGCAGGCAUUGCAGAUGUGCAACGUUAAAACCUACCUACCUGGUUACUCUACAUAUGUAUUUCAUGAGAAACUUUUAAUUCGGAAGUACCCCUGAAGGACUUAGUUAUUCGUCCUUUUAUCAAAACUUACUUUGAGCCUGAGAGGGUUAAUUACGUACAUAAUGGAACAGCAGUGGCUCAGGAUGUAGAGUGGGUCGGUCUAGUAAUCGUGGUUGCUGGUUAGAUCCCGGCUCAUCCUCUCAUUGUGUCCUUGGGUAAGACACUUCACCUGCCUUGAUCCACCUGCUCAGUGUAAGUUUGUCUGGUGCUUUAGAAACUGGGAAACCUCUAAAAUAUGCUGGAUAGGGGUCCUCAAGGGCUGGGCUGGGCACCACUCAUUUUGAAGAAACUUAAAUGGAAUGCAGCUGAACAUUUUUAUCAGAACAGCUGCAGGAAUAGAUUCCAGCUGUAAACAAUUAAACUGAACACAUAUCCAGAUGUGUGUCUGAAAACCUGAUGUAAGCAUGUCGCAUCAGGACAAUUACAAAAAAUCUGAUGAUUUUAAAUAGAACAGGUGUUUGUGCACGUGCGUGCGCAGGACAGGUGAAGUCAUUCCUGGACCGUGUGACCCUGAACUGCAUAUAAUGGUGGGUAUGGAUGAUAUGUUUCAGGGCUACUAGACUCCCAAUUAAUUAUGUCGAUCCUAGAGUUUCCGAGGGAGCAUGAACGCAGCAGCAGGCUCAAGCUAAAACUUCACGGUGGAGAAGUUGGUUCUGAAGCAGGAUGUUACAGGUUCGGUUCCGCUAAACGGACAGCUUUUAUUUAGUGCAGAUGUGUUUGUAAAAGCUCCAAGCGGAGGGAUUGUUGUCGGCGCUUCGGUUAGACGGAGUUCUGCUUUCUCUCGGAUGGACCCGAGAGGCGGCGGUUAAACGGAUCCCGGUGUUUCCAUCAAGCUUCUCUAAGUCCAAUGUCUACUGAAAACGGUGCAGACGAACUGGACUUCACCCUCUUGUUUGGGGAGGACGGAACAAAGACAACAGAUCUGGAUGUGAAGACGGCUACUUACACUACACAGUCUCAUGUUGGGCAACUUCUGCACCAGGAGCUGAAUCGUCACACUCCAUUUUGUCUCUCGACAAACGAAGACCAGCCUGCUGGCUUCCAGUCUCAGGGCCCUUACCAUGACACCCAGCUAACCCCCAGGGCCUUUGACUGCCCCAGCAUCCAGAUCACCACCAUCACUCACAACAAUCAUGUGGAGGCUGACAGUACCUUGGAGGUUUUGGCAGCUGGUGGUGCAGAGGGGGGCUACUGUGAGCCAUCUUGGCCCAGAGAUCAGCUCUACCUGCCUCUGGACUCCUGUUACCGGGAGACGGCACUCAGCCUGAGUCCCUGCAGCAGCCUGUCCUCUCGGAGCUGGAUUUCUGACCUCACUUCCUGUGAGUCAUUCUCCCAUGUUUAUGAAGAAGAGGAGGGGGAACCACAGGAUGCUGCCCUCCUGGCUCUGGGUUCACCAGGAUGUGGAGGUGGAGCAUUUGGGGUGGAACUGUGGCAGCAGAAGUACCAGCAUCCUUCACCUUUCAGCCCUGUGUUGUCGCCACAUCAGUCACCUUCCCAGUCCCCUCAGCCCAGUGUCACCGAGGAGACCUGGCUGAACCGCCGGCCCACCUCCAGGCCAUCGUCCAGACCAACAUCUCCUUGUGGGAAGAGACCUCACUCCAGUGCUGACCCUCUUGCCUGCUCACCCUCAGCGAGUCCCACACCAGGAACAUCUCCAAGGGGCAGUGUGACAGAAGAUACCUGGUUGGGAAGCCCCGCCACUGCCCUCGGAACCAUCCUUAUUUCUGGUUGUCAGGAGCUUGAUGUUCCUUCCAAAACCAGAAGAACAUCAGGAAGUAAUCUGUGCCUCUUGGCUGGUCAAGGAGGCCCUGGUCUUCAGUCAUACCAGAAUAGAGGCGAGGAACAAGAGCAAGGUGUACUAGCGGAGCUCUUCCUUCCAGUGCCUUCCCACUUCAGCUGGAGCAAACCCAAACCUGGGAAUCUUCCGCUUUUCAGCCCUUCAUCACCUCCUCCUCUGGACUGGCCUCUGCCUAGCCAGUAUGGCCAGACUGAGCUAAAACUGGAGGUCCAGCCAAAGUCCUACCACAGGGCACAUUAUGAAACCGAGGGCAGCAGAGGAUCCAUCAAAGGAGCGACUGGAGGACAUCCGGUCAUCAGACUGAAUGGAUACAACAAGCAUCAUGUCAACCUCCUGUUGUUCAUCGGUGCAGCAGAUGACCGAUGCCUUCGUCCACAUUCAUUCUACCAAGUCCACAGAGUCACAGGAAAGACGGUGACCACCAUGUGCCUGGAGAAAAUGGUGGGUUGCUCCAAAGUCCUGGAGAUCCCUCUGCUUCCAGAAAACAACAUGUCUGCAAGUAUUGACUGUGCUGGCAUCUUGAAGCUGCGUAAUGCUGACAUUGAGUUGAAGAAAGGAGAAGUUGAUAUUGGGCGAAAGAACACAAGGAUACGAGUUGUGUUCCGAGUGGCUGUGCCUCAGCAGGAUGGCCGGAUGCUGUGGCUGCAGACGGCAUCUGUUCCUGUAGAGUGCUCCCAGCGAUCAGGCCAGGAGCUUCCACAUGUGGAGAACUUCUGUCCAGUCAGCUGCUGUGAAGAUGGAAGAGAGGAGCUACGCAUCACUGGAUCCAACAUGUCCACACAGUCCAGAGUUGUCUUCUUAGAGAAGGGGCCUGAUGGAAGACCACUGUGGGAGGUGGAUGCCAGAGUCCUACCAGAAAAAAGUAACGAAUCCAGGAUCACGGUUGAGGUGCCUCCUUACCACAAGAAGACUACUUCUGCUGUCCAAGUCCAGUUCUAUGUCUCAAAUGGAAAGAGAAGAAGAAGCUUAAUGCAAAGCUUUACUUACUCACCUGGAGUUAGACAUCCUCAUCCUGCCCAGUCAGGAAUCAAGCAGGAGCCCUGGGGGCUGGACCACAUCUUCUGUCAGCCACCAUCUGAGGUGAAGGUGCUCAGACCAGAUGUGGCUUAUGUUUCCUCCCCAGUUCCCCCACUUCUGCGCCAUCCUGCUUCAUCCUCCUUCCCCCUUCAGGCAUCUUUAAUCUUUCCUCAGAACUCUGCAGUUCCACAUAAAGCUCUGAAGCAAAUUCAGUUUCAAAGUCGGAUCCCACCUCCUGGACAGGCCUCUUCUGUCCCCCUUCAAACCAUUAGCGUCCCUUGUCAAAUGCCCCCUGGUGGACUGCUCUUGAAACAGUGUCCCUCUUUAAGUUCUGGUGGUAUCUCGACAAUCCCAGCUGAAAGCCAGAAGGAAUCCCUGCCUGCUGGUCCAGGAGGAGUGCUGAGCAUUAAGCAGGAGCCGGGGAACCAGCCUAACUUGCGAUCUCUGGGUCUUCAAGAGAUCACACUGGAUGAUGUCAAUGAGAUCAUCGACAGAGACAUUGGCUCUCUGAGCAGCUGCUCACAGCCCCACCAGUACAACCAGCAUGACUGGGAGCACCAGUCCAGCACCCGACCCCUGCACUUCUGCAGAGACCCGCAGUAGUUCUACAGCUGCUUCAUCAACCUUCUCACAGCUGAUCUGUAAAGUGCUUUAAAACAACCCAGCAGCAUUUGACCGUGCCCGUGGUGCCAGAUGCAGGAGUUCCCUGGUUUUUCUCAGGGACAGAAACUCAAACCUUACUCUGGAAGAGCUUUAAUACAGGUCAUCAGGUCAGGUGACAAAUACAAAUGUAAAUUAGAAUAGCUGGUCCGAAAUCCUGGUUCUGUCUUGUGUUCUGGUUUUUGUAAUGCUGAAGUAAAGUUUCACAACUUUA